CGCAGCGGCGCCGCUGAGCGCGGCCCGGGGCGGGGCCGGGCCGGCCGCGAUGCCGUGGUUCCCGGUGAAGAAGAUCCGCAAGCAGAUCAAGCUGCUGCUCCUGCUGGUGCUGCUCACCUGCGCCGCGUGGCUCACGUACGUGCACCUGAGCCUGGUGCGCCAGGGCCGCGCGCUGCGCCAGCGGCUGGGCUACGGGCGAGACGGUGAGAAGUUGACUGGAGUGACAGAUGGCCGGGGUGUCCUGGCUGCACUGUCCACACAGAAGGCAGAGGACUCCAGCGAGAGCCAUGAGGAGGAGCAGGCGCCAGAAGGUCAGGACCCAAACAUGCUGCUCUCUGGGAAGGUGGGAAGGCCUCCCCCGCUGAACCUCACCCAUCAGGCGCCCCCAUGGCGUGCCGAGUACAAGGGCCAGGUCAACCUGCACGUGUUCGAGGACUGGUGCGGGGGCGCCGUGGGCCACCUGAGGAGGAACCUGCACUUCCCGCUGUUCCCUCACACGCGUACCACCGUGAAGAAGUUGGCUGUGUCCCCCAAGUGGAAGAACUACGGACUACGCAUCUUCGGCUUCAUUCAUCCGGCGAGAGAUGGAGACGUGCAGUUCUCUGUGGCUUCGGAUGACAACUCUGAGUUCUGGCUGAGCCCAAACGAGAGCCCCGCGGGUGCUCAGCUGGUGGCCUUUGUGGGCAAGACUGGCUCAGAGUGGACGGCACCUGGAGAAUUCACCAAGUUCAGCUCCCAGGUGUCCAAGCCCAGACGGCUCAUGGCCUCCCGGAGAUACUACUUUGAGCUGCUGCACAAGCAGGACGACCGGGGCUCAGACCACGUGGAAGUGGGCUGGCGAGCCUUCCUGCCCGGCCUGAAGUUCCAGAUCAUAGGCUCGGCUCACCUCUCCUUGUACACAGAUGAGUCCGCCCUGAAGAUGGACCACGUCGCCCACGUCCCGCAGUCCCCAGCCAGCCACGUGGGUGGGCGCCUGCCGCAGGAGGAGCCCAGAGCCGAUAUGCUGAGGCCAGACCCCCGAGACACCUUCUUCCUCACUCCUCGCCUGCAGCCUUCGAGUCUGGAGAAUGUGCUGGAGCCUUGCGCCUACGCUCCCACCUACGUGGUCAAGGACUUUCCCAUCGCAAGAUACCAGGGACUGCAGUUUGUGUACCUGUCCUUCGUUUAUCCCAAUGACCACACGCGCCUCACUCACAUGGAGACGGACAACAAGUGCUUCUACCGCGAGUCGCCGCUGUACCUGGAAAGGUUUGGGUUCUAUAAGUACAUGAAAAUGGACAAGGAGGAGGGGGAGGAAGAUGAGCAGGUGCAGCACCGAGCCUUCCUCUUCCUCAACCCGGAUGACUUCCUGGAUGAUGAGGACGAGGGGGAGCUGCUCGACAGUCUGGAGCCCACUCAGGCGGCCCUUGCGCAGAGCAGCACCCGACCCCUCGGCCUGACCCGGGCGGCCCCCACUGAAGCCCCUACCGAGGCUGGAACCACCCCCGCCUUGCCCACGCCUCCCAACCCCAGGCACCAACCCACCCCCAGGCGCUCCAGGGCACUGAGCUGGGCCGCCAGGGCCAGGGCCCCGCGCCCCCUGCCCCUCUUCCUGGGCCGAGCCCCGCCUCCCCGCGCGGCAGCCCGGCAGCCACCCCCAAAAGUAUAUGUGACACGUGUGCGGCCGGGCCUGCGGGUGUCUACCCGGGCCCUGGCACCACUCAGCCCACGUGGCCCACCCUGGUCGCCCUUCCCGGGUGUCUUCCUGCGCCAGAGACCUCUGCCUAGGGUGCAGCUGCGGGCUCCCCCACGCCCACCCCAGUCUCGAAGCCGCAGGACCGGCGGCUCCCAGGCCACAGAGCUGAGGCCCCCAGCCCGGGCGCAGGCCACCCAGGGGAGCCGGGAGGGCCAGGCACACCUGGAACUCACAGCAGCCACCGCGGACUUAAACUCGUCGUCUGAAACGGGGCCUGUGACCUCCUUCCUGAGCUUGUCUCAGGUGUCCAGGCCACAGCUGCCUGGGGAGGGGGAGGAGGAGGAGGAGGAGGAGGAGGAGGAUGGGGCUCCCGGAGACGAGGCCUUGUCAGAGGACAGCGAGGAGGCAGCUGGUCCGGUGCUCAGCCGCUGGCACGAGGACUCCAUCGACUGGCAGCGCACGUUCAGCGUGGGCGCAGUGGACUUCGAGCUGCUGCGCUCCGACUGGAAUGACCUGCGCUGCAACGUGUCAGGGAACCUGCAGCUGCCCGAGGCUGAGGCAGUAGACGUGGUGGCUCAGUAUAUGGAGAGGCUAAACGCGCACCAUGGCGGGCGCUACGUGCUCUUGCGCAUCGUGAAUGUGGAGAAGCGCCGGGACUCCGCGCGCGGGAGCCGCUUCCUCCUGGAGCUGGAGCUACAGGAGCGCGGGGGCGGCCGCCUGCGCCUGUCGGAGUAUGUCUUCCUGCGACUGCCAGGUGCUCGCACCGGGGAUGCGGACGGGGAUGGAGAGAGUCCUGAGCCCGUUCCUGCCGCCUCCACGCGCCCUGACGGCCGCCCGGGGCUCUGUCGGCCGCUGCGCCUGGCCUGGCGACAGGACGUGAUGGUACACUUCAUCGUGCCAGUGAAGAACCAGGCGCGUUGGGUGGCACAGUUCCUGGCGGACAUGGCCGCGCUGCACGCCCACACGGGGGACUCUCACUUCAGCGUCAUCCUCGUGGACUUCGAGAGCCAGGACAUGGACGUGGAGCAGGCCCUGCGCGCCGCGCGGCUGCCCCGGUACCAAUACCUGAGGAGAACCGGAAAUUUUGAGCGCUCCGCAGGGUUGCAAGCUGGAGUGGACGCGGUGGAGGAUGCCAGCAGCAUCGUUUUUCUCUGUGACCUGCACAUCCACUUUCCGGCCAACAUUCUGGAUGGCAUCCGCAAGCACUGCGUGGAGGGCAAGCUGGCCUUUGCACCUGUGGUCAUGCGCCUGGCCUGCGGGAGCUCGCCAGGGGACCCACACGGUUACUGGGAGGUGAAUGGCUUCGGCCUCUUUGGGAUCUACAAGUCCGACUUUGAGCGCGUGGGAGGCAUGAACACUGAGGAGUUCCGGGACCAGUGGGGCGGCGAGGACUGGGAGCUGCUGGACAGGGUUCUGCAGGCGGGGCUGGAGGUGGAGCGGCUGCGCCUAAGGAACUUCUACCACCACUACCACUCCCGGCGGGGCAUGUGGGGUGCACAGCGGGGCGCUCACAGCCGGAAGGGCUCCCGCACAGAGGGACCUUGAAGAAGGGCCACCCUGCCCAGCCCCGCCUGGUCCUGUACCUGCCCCUGAGGUCCUGUACCACCCCCUCCCCAGAGAGGCAGCCUUCAUAGUGGGUCAGGCCCGGGCUCUGUCCCCACACUCUGUGUGAUGAUUUCUGUGAAAUUUUGCCGUAGCGAUGACAUUGUUUUCAGGAUUUCCAGGAGUUCUGUCUGUUCCGUUUUUUAUUCAGAAUGAAAUGAAAUGAAAUAUAUUUUUUAGUUUUG